AUGUACGAUAUUAGUGCCGAAGUAGUAUACACCGGUCGCCCCUUGGAGGACUGCGGUGAACGUCGUUGGCAAGAGGCGUGGAGCAAAGACAUCUGCUCCAAGUUCAUCGAAGUCCCAGGACCCGGAGAAGUUUUCCUCAACCAAUUCGUUCCUUCUCAGAAUGCGCCACCUCUGGAUUUCGAGCAACACACUCAGUUCAAACACUGGAUCGACAGGAGCGGGGAUGCAGCACUCGACAUUUCAUCUGCGGUCGACGGUCUCGCGCGUCUAGUGGCGGGAUUUCCCCACGAAAGCCGGCCCGCUUUCUUCGACGUAUCUGGCCACAGCCUGGAAUUUCCGCUUCCAUCUCUCCGACACAACCAUCCACCCGCGGAGUUCGACAUUGCGGUUACUUUCCCUUCGACUUCGACAUCCAUUGCUCUUGCGCCACCUGAAUGGAACGAUAUCGCAUGUAUCGUCCAAGUCAGGGCUACUGCGGCGCAAGAUCCCUUUGACAAUAUUCUCCAAGAGGGCUACAACAAAGCCUUGGUCCAACUUUCCGUCGCCGCGAAUCACCUCAUGGUCGCCCACGGUCUCCUGUGCGCCCACACUCUUGGGUUCUAUGGUGACGUGGUACGCAUCAUUCGCUUUGACCGCGCCGGCGCGGUCUAUUCCGCUCCCCUCGAACUCUCUCGCCCCGAAGUCGUCAAUGUCGUUCGCGAAUUCUUUUGGAAGCUCUUUCACCCCAUCGAUCCCCGUGCGCGCAUCGUUGGUGGAGAUCCGACCGUUCGGCGUCUACAUGAUGGCGAGUGGCGGUGGCUCAAGACGCGCUUGGCCACGGCAGGGAUCACCCUCCAGGACGCGGACAGGAUGGUGCCUCGGCGCAUCUCAGUUCUAGGCGCACCAGACGCGGACGAAGACGACGCCACCCCUUACUUCGUGUUCAAGCCCGUCGCGGCUCCCUCCAACAUCUUCUCACGCGGGACGACUGUAUGGCACGCCGUAGAACAUGCCCCCGACGAAGCCACGCUCGACCAAUCGAAGUCUCCCGUCGUAGUCAACAUCCUCAAGGAGACUUGGCGGCUCCUGGAAUGCGAAGCCGAAACGGACAUCUACGCCACCCUGAGCAAGAACGCUUCGCUCUCCCGGCACGGCAUCCAGACGGCGGUGAUUGGCACCGACAUGGGCGAAUGGGACGUGCGGCGGCUCGAGAAGCACCUGAAGCGCUGCGCGGAGACUGUCCCCGACAACUCCCGUUUGGCUGACCCGAAGCAGUUGUACUUUGCCUUGGACCCUGCGCUCCCCUAUGCGCCCUCUCAUCAGACUUUUACGUGGCGCGUCGCAGAGCAACGGCUGUACUGGAGGAUCGAACGGUCUCACCUGCGGUUUGUCAUGGACACCAUUGGCAAAGCCGUCACGUCGUUCGACAGCACUCGAGAGAUGACGAUGGCCUUUUACGACGCACUUCGAGGCCAUCGCUGGGCUGUCGAUGACUGCAAUGUCCUCCACCGCGAUGUCAGUGUCAACAACAUCAUGAUCGCGCGCAUGGACAUCGAGAAGUUCAAAGGAGGCGCUCGUUCAACCGGCUUCCUGCACGACUUCGACUUCGCUUCGAGAGUGGACUACGAUCCUGACCAUGAGCCUCUCUACCGCAAGAGAACAUACACGUACUCCGCAGUAGACCUCAUGCCGCCGGACGACCCCUCCCGCUACUUCGCGUCCCCCAUGCACCGCGUCCACCACGACCUCGAGUCCUUCUUCUGGUCCCUCCUCCACGUCGUCUUCCGCAACACGCUCCACAACGUCGACGACGCGCCCGGCGUGUUCGAGGCGAUGCUCGAGACGCGCCGCGGCAAGCGCGCGUGGCUGGACGCGCACGCGCCCGCGUUCGAGGUCGCGCAGAACGCGCCGGUGACCGCCCUCCUCCGCGCGUUCGCCGGGCUCGUCGCGGAGAACGUCGCACGCGCGGGUGGGGGCGGCGGCGGCGGCGCGGGGCGCCCGCUCGACCACGCCCGCGUCCUGGCGAUCUUCGAGGGCGCGCUCGGCAUGGACGGGUGGCCCGUCGGCGACCGGUCGCUCGCUUUCGAACGGGCUGCGGACGCCCUCAGGCCGCGGCUGCCGCGGGGCCCGCAGGAGGCGCCGCCGGGCGUCGCGCCGGAAGAUCGAACUGGCGCGCGCAGCGUCGCACACGCGAAGGACGACCUCGGGUCCGACUUCGACGCGGACGAUGGCGACGACGAAGACGACGACGACGACGAGCACGAAGACGAGCACGACGGCAUGCCGGACGCCACGCCCGCCGCGUCCCCGAGCUCGUCGCGCGCGCACCCGAUCACCCCUCCGGACGGCGGCGCGCUGCGCAAGACGCCGAAGCGGGCGGCGUCGUUCGAGGAGGAAGAUUUGGGGCGCGCGUCCCCGGCGAAGAAGGCGCGGCUGUUCAUCCGCGCGUACGACGCGCUCGUCGGCGCCGGGGACCUCGACCCGGGCUGCGCGCGCGGGUACGGCUCGGUCGAGGAGGACGCGGAGGUGGAGGGCAUGGUCGCGGUCCCGGUCCCGCGGCGGCCGUUGGGCGAGGCGGAGUCUCUGUUCAUGUAG